AGCAGCCGGUGGCCGGUUUGCUUGCUGGUGACCACCUGCGUGGUGCUCAGACCAUCCCUGAGUCAAGAGUGCUCGGCGGAGAAAAUGGAAAACACCAUCAUCGAUAUAAACUUGUCUCUGCCCAAAGGCAUCAGGGGCGCAGAGCCCGUGUACGCCCCAAACCCAGAGGCUUGCGUCCCCGCUUGACGCUCCGGNGAAAAGCUAUCAGGAGACAAGAAGUGUAAUUUGAUGAUUUUUGAUCCUCGAAGGACAAGCGCUAAUCCAAACUGCUACCUUUUUUACUGCCCUAGCACAGAGGCUUGUCCAACGAAACCCACGACAGGAUUUGUGAGCUACAAGAUAACAAGAGACACCCAUGCCCUGGAGGAUACAUCUUUCAAAAGUGAGGACUUUUCUUCAAAUGGGUAUUCUUUGUCUUCAGAUGCUGGAGCCUUUAUUUCUCACAGUCAGACUAGCCAUCAGAAUCAUACCGCUGCUUUGCAACAGUCUGUCUUUCAUCAGACAUCUGAACUCCUGAACCAUGUGGCCAAGCAUUUAGACAACAGUGAAUUUGAUACAGUUUUUCCGGAAUCUCAAGGGGCAAAACAUCCUGAGAGCUUAGACACCAUCCCAAGGCAGAAAGUAAUUAACCUGCCAUCAAGUAUGUCUUCUGCUGUUCGAAUUGGAAACCCCUCUGCUUUGUUCCCCACCACACAGUCUAGUGUUCCUGAACCCAGCAGUACUACUCUUACUCCUCUGCCUACAAGUACCACCAGACUGGAAUCUCGUACAACCUCUCUGCCUACUGGUGGUGCUAAACCUACUGCUGUCACCACCACCACCACAGCUACCUUUCUGCCUACUGUGAACACCAGAGCUAAACCUGGUAUCCCUGCCGCCACCAUCGCUGUUACUCAUGUCCCUCUUUCCAGUCCCACAACUUCUGGUUCUACUUCAACAACCAAGUGGGUCACCACAAAUUCCAGAUCUGCUACCGCCCCAUCAGGACUAAGAACUCCAGCCAUCCCUCCUGAGCCAACAGUUGUCUCUUCCAACAAUACCAGCCAUGUUACCCUCCUCUCUUUUUCAGGUUUCACUCUCUCUACUAGUGAUUCCCCCACGGCUUCCCAAAGUGACCCUCAGGGUUAUGACCCAUUUGAUUCAGAAAGCUACCUGCCAGAGAGUGUUCUGAGAGGGAAAGGUGUCGUUCUGCUGGGAGAAAAAAGCAGCCUUGUAGCGGCUUUGCUUUUUGGGGUGAUAUUCUUGUUACUAGUUAUUGCACUGACGGGGAAGAAAAUACACGAAUCUCUUCAGAAGAAGAGACAUUAUACCAGGCUGGAUUACUUGAUCAAUGGAAUGUAUACUGAUGUAUGA